AUGGCAGCACUAAAUCGAUUCAUAUCCCAAGCUACAUACCAUUGUCAACCAUUCUUCCAAGUUAUAAAGGGGAAGACGAAACUUAUUGAUUGGAUCCCUGAGUGUGAGCGUGCUUUUCAAGAGUUGAAGGAGUACAUGGGAAAACCCCCUCUUUUGUCUAAGCCUGAAUAUAGUGAAGAUUUGUUAUUGUACCUAUCUGUGUCUUCCACGGCAUUAAGCUCGGUGCUCAUUAGAGAGGUAGGCAAGGUUCUAAACCCCAUGUAUUACGUAAGCCGAGCUCUCCAAGACGCUGAAACAAGGUACCCUGAGAUCCAGAAGUUGUCCAUCGCCCUUGUUAUUUCAGCUUAG